AGUGUCCAGUUGAUGUCGUCGUUAUCACAGCCCGGACUGCUUAUCUUAUCAAGGGCCGGGAUCGGAAACCUGCCCCAGCACAGGUACCCUAAGGUCGGGUCAGGUCCCUUAACGGCAUGAGUGGACCCUAACCCGCUAACUGGUGGGGUUUUUGCGGAGUGUAGCCCGUCGGGCGCCCGUCCCUGCACUCCCGUCGACUCUGCAGUCCGCAGCAGCGCUGGGGCUUCAUUGCCGGGAGUUCUCUUGCCGGGACAGGAAAUUUCCUUCUAGCCCUGUCUCCCCUGCCUACCCCGUCAGCGACUCCAACAUCCACGUCGAUAUCGAAUUUCUCGACGACUCGUAUGCCUUCGUUGCGCCAUAGCGGACGGACGUCUUCAUCAUGCACUAUAUUCGAUUUUGUCGACCACCUGUGGUUGAGCAGGGGAGGUCCGGGCUCAAAACACUGAAGCUUGUUCUCACCAUAACAACCGACCUGAGCGACAAAUUCCUUUGUCCGCAUGAGCCGAUCCAGUUUUCCAUUAUCGGAGCCGGCGCUCCAGCAAAUCCACAGAAUGGUCCGGUGCCCAUCAACCUGACGCCAAAGAACCCUCCAACCUGGAGGGCCGGUAUGCGGGUCUUGAAGGUCGAUGUUCAACUCCCACCACAGCCAAUCGAGACGGUCCAAGUCAGGCCAACCAACCGACAAUUGGCGGCUCUCACCACCGACGACAUCAGUUCUGGCACUGGAGCCGGCUUGAUUCUUCCUGUCUUUGCGGAUCUCGCACCUGGUCCGACUAGCCAUAUUUGCUUCCGGAGCUUGCGCUUGCCUGGCGGGACCGCGACACUUCAGGUGGAGGAGGAGAUGGGUGAGAGCAUGGCCCGUCAUGUAUGGGAUGGCGGCCUCACCACCGCCUCCUUUGUUGCCAGCAUGGUCCUUGGCCAAACGGCUGCCAACAGCACCAGUACCAUGGCGUCGUUGCCCAUUUUGGCAAACAUUCUGCAGCAAAACGAUGGACCACUGAACAUCAUGGAGUUAGGCUGCGGUGUGGGCAUCUUGGGCCUUGGUGUUGCGCGCAUCUUGGGCGUUUCAUCGCAAGCAACGGCAGAGAAAUCGACCCUUCUCAUGACCGAUCUCCCCGACGCGGAAGAACGGACGCUGGCCAACAUUGCCCGCUCGGCAGACCAGACAGCCUGCACUGUGAUGUACGAGAACUUGGACUGGAAUGACGGAAAGGAUGGGAUAUUUGGGCCCGAGGUAACAUCACGGGCGUGGGACCUGGUGAUUCUCAGCGACUGCACGUAUAAUGACCUGCUGCCUGAGUUGGUCAAGACUCUUUCCGCCGUCCAUGCUCAUUCUGCUCAGCAUUCCGGCCCUUCCAAGACCAAGAUCUUGCUUUCCACAAAGCCGAGGCAUUCUGACGAGCAGGUGUUCUUUGACCUCAUGUCAGAAGAUGGAUGGUCGAUACAGGAGGAGGUCAAGCUGCCGCUCCCUGUGCUGAAUGACGAGGCGCAGACUGUAGAGGUCUACUUGUUUUCGAAGAGCUAAAAAUUGGCUGCUUGCUGUUUGGGCAAUACGCCAUCACCAUUUCCUGACGGACUUUUGCCAUGGCUUCUCCUUUCCAUCAGUAGGCGACUUUGUCAAAGAGCAUCCGAUUCACCCCAGACAAGCGCAGAUCCAUUGCAUACAUCUGUGCAAGCCAUCUUUGGACGUGUGAU